AUGUAUUCUAGCUUAUUCACAAAUCCAUAUGCCACAGAAGUACUGAAAAUGAAAAAGAAUGAACUUGUGGAAGGCAUAAAAAACCCUGAUCACCUUCUGGACUGGCUGAUAGAAAAAGGUGUCCUUACAGCUGAGAAAAAAAUGGUCUUGUCCUACUAUAGAACACGAAUGGCAAAGAACUCCCGGGUUUUGGAUAUCUUGGCUUCUCAAGGUGAGCGGGCAUGCAGACUCUUUUUUUAUCCCUGCUUGAAAGAGGUAGAGCCACGUUUAUAUAGCAAUAUAAGGAAUUAUGUGACUGGUGUGAAUGAGAAAAUUGGAGAUGCCAGAAGACAACUGGUAGGGUAUCUCCUUGAAAAAGAUAAAGGAUGGAUUCAAAAGGAUAAGGCUUCCCAUCCAGGGAAAAAAGAUAGCCCUAGAUCUAUUAAGCCAAAAAAGAUGAUUUAUGAUAAACCUAAAUCAAAAUCCACUUUGGCAGCACGACAAUCCCUAGACAAUGUUCCUACCGUCUUUGAUCUGGUGAGGAAAGGAAUUAUUUCUGAUCUGGAAAAAGCCUUAAACGCGACUAAUGUGAAUGCAACAAACUCUGCCAAUGAGACUCUCUUACACAUUGCAGCAGCUCAUGGGCACACUGAAAUAAUUGACUAUUUAAUCAGCAAAGGUGCCAAACGAGAGGUCAAGGAUAACAAAGGAAGAACCCCACUGCACAGAGCUGCUGAGAAAGGUCAUGAUAAAGCCGUGAACAGGCUGCUCCAAGCUGGUGCCAACAUGUACAGUUUGGAUCAAGAAGGCAAAACCCCUCUUCACUUGGCCAACCAGAACCAGCACAUGCAUGUUCUAAAGAACAUCUUAAAAGAAGAGGCGAGACGACACAAGAAUCAGCACAACUUCCUGCACAUGGCUGCUCUCAAGGACGAGAGUGACCUGGUUCAAAUCCUUUUAAAAAAUGGUGCUUUGGUAGAUGCCAGGGAUGAGAAAGGCCAGACGGCUUUGAGCUAUGCUGUGUCUCAGGGACAUGAGAAGACUGUCAAGGUAUUGUUGGAAGGUGGAGCCAAAGUUGAUUCCAGCAUAAUUGAUGCCACCUUUAACAGCAACAACCAAUCUCUCUUCAAAAUAUUGCUGGAAUAUGCCAGAGGAUUAUCAUCUGAAUUUAUGGUAUCAGCCCUGUUUAAAGCCAUAGGAAAAGAUCUGCAUGGCAUUGUGGCAGCUUUAAUUGAAAGAGGGUUAGACAUUAAUGUCCGCAAUGAAGAACAGUACACACCAUUGCUUUUGGCGUGUAAAACGGGAAAGAUUAAGUCAGCAAAAGUUCUUCUUGAGAAGGGAGCCAGCUUGAAGGACAAGGCCCCUAACUUAAGUAGCCCCUUACACCUAGCAGUUGAAGCUGGGGCCUCUUCUAUUGCACAGAUGCUUCUCCAGAAAGGAAUAGAUCCUAACAUCACAGCUCAAGGAAAUCAAACGCCCCUCCAUGUUGCUGCAAUAUACAAUAGAGCAGCAUUAGUUGACCUACUAAUUGAAGGAGGAGCUAAAAUUGAUGCGGUCGCCAUAGACCUGUUCACUCCAUUGCACGUGGCAAGUGAUAAAGGUCACACUGAUAUAGCUCUAAAGCUGUUGCAACAUAGAGCCAAUGUCAACCUCAAGAAUAAGCGAUCAAAGACACCUCUUCAUCUUGCAGCUGAAGUGGGGAAUCCUGCAAUGGUGGAGCUGCUUCUGAAUUUCAAGGCAGAUCCAAAUGCAACAGAUAAAGAGAAAAAGACUCCACUUCAUUUUGCAACUUUGGGAGGCCAUUUUUAUGCAGUGAAAGCCCUGUUAGCUAAAAAGUCUAGAGUUGCAAGCAAAGACAUGGAUGGCUGCACACCAAUGCAUUAUGCAGCUAUCAACGCGAAUGUGGAGAUAUUAAAAGAACUUUUGAUGGUGGGAGAUAAUAAAAAUAUCAAUGACAAAAAUAUUUGGAGAAAGACACUUUUGCAUCUUGCAGCAGAACAUGGACACAGCAGUCUAAUAGAUUUUUUGUUGAACAAUGGCUCAGCUAUUAAUGCCUUAGACAACAAUAAAGAUACCCCAUUGCACUGUGCUUGCAAAGCUGGUCAUUUUGAUUCUGUAAAAGCACUGCUCAACUGGUCUGCAGGAGAUAAAGCAAAUCUACAGGCUACUAAUAGCUUGAAGAAGACCCCAUUGCAAGUAGCAGAAUCCAGUGCCACUGAGCACCAAGCUCAAAUUGUUAAUCUUUUGAAAAAGAAAAUGUUAUUGAUAAGGUAGAUUUGCAAAGAGGGUAUUAUAGAUACACCUUGUACAUUUAACUUAAGGGAUCCAGUGAAAUACUGUAUCUAAUUAAUGCAUAUAGUUUGCCCCAAGAUGUUUAGGCUUAUAGAUUAUACUCACCAAAAUACUACAUCUUCUCAGUCGAUCAAUAGUUGGCUUUUCACUGCAGGGAUGAAGCAUUCCUGAUUUAUCUUUAACUGGCUCUUUUGAGAAAAAAACAAUUAAAUAUGCCCAGGUGGUAGUGGACAAAGGAUUGUAAAUUUGAUCAAGGGAGCAACCUUAAAAAAACCUUCUGAUCUAUUUAUUUGUACAAUCUGACUCACAACUCCAGACACAGUUAAAAUUAUGUUAAAGAUACUACAUUUUUCUAGAAUAGCAAUUGUGUUCUAAGCAAAUGACAUUAAAAAGUUCUGAUUCUAUUCUCUAUCAUGUAUAUGUACACCAUACUAUAGAUUAAGUUGGCUUCUAUAGGGCAGCUAGCGGCAACUUCUUUGUCACAGUAGUAGCAAACCUGCAAAAUGUUAUGCUGCAGAAAUUUAAGACAUUUUCUUCCUUCUAGCCUGUGUUCUCCAGCAAGGCUUGAUUUUAUUCACUUGUUUAUAGUUUUGUUCUAGCUCUAGAAUUAUUACAAUCAAUUUCAUUUCUCUUGAUUUAUAUGCGUUGACCCAUUUUAUUUCUGUUAAUAUGUAGUUGUUGUUUUUGAAUGGACAAUAGCAGCUUCAGGGAUCCAAUUUUCAGAGAGGUGAAAGUGAGGUCAUCGGCUUUAGUAUAACUAUAAAUAAAUAAGACUGCUUACACUAUAAAGCUUGUAACUACCCUAUAUCCAGCAAUGAAAUAUAGAUAUUACAUGGCUGUAUUCCUAUAAAAUGUGUUGAUGUUAGCACCAAGUAUAGCAUAAGAUAAAGUUUUAUUACUCUACAUAUUAGCACAUAAAUGGAUAUGACCCAAAGUAAAUCUGGAAGCUAGUUACCACAUUAUUGUAUUAGAUCAAUAUUCUUUUGUUUAGAAUGCAGAAACUGUAACAGAAAUGCAUUUGAUAGUUUAACCACAAAGUAUUGCCAUGCAUUUUAUAUAAUGAAAACAUUAUUAUACUGGAUGUUUUGAAACUUGUUCUU